ACUAUACAUUGAACUUUGAAUUGCAAACAUGGAACUGUGAAUAUAAAUGUGAACGCGCGAUUAUUUAAAUAUUGAUAUGAGUAACUGUGACGAUUACGUAAAAGAUUUGAGGGAGCAAAUAGAUUCCCCUUGCAAUCAGAUUUGUGCUGACUGCCACUAUAAUGCUGUGAAAUGCGUUUCUUUAACUUUUGGAGUGUUUGUCUGCGAGUUAUGUGGGGCAUCUCACCAAGCGUUGAAUGGAAACAUUAAAAAGAUUUCUGGAGACAAUGAAAAUAGUUUAAUUUGGUCAGAUGACAGCGUAUCACGAGUGAAAAAGCUUGGUGGUAACAAAGUUAUCAAUCAAAGAUUAGAAGCGUCCCUUCCUGUUUAUUUCCGUCGACCAUGGCCUGGAACAUCGUGCCCUGCAUUCUUUAGAGAAGCAUUUGUCAAAUCUAAAUAUAUUCAUGAAGAGUUUACCAAUGACGCAAUUGGAAGAGGGGCUCAAAAUCAGUUUGCUUGUUCAUUCAAAUCAGGAGUCUUAUUGAAAAAGCUACGCGAUUCCACCACAUUUUGCGAACGCUUCUUUGAGUUAUCUGUUGAAGGUAAUUAUUUACGCUAUUAUAUCAAGCCAAGUGAUUCUCAACCCAAACAGUCACUAGAUUUGGAGAGACUUAAUUUUACUUUUAUUCCAUCUAAAGACUUUGGACUUCCACCACAUACAGCACUUAUUCAAUUUGUACAAGACUGUUCAACCAGGCACAUGUUUGUAAGAUCAGAAGACAGCCGAACCAUAAUUAACUGGUAUAACGCAAUAAGGCUUGGUAAGUAUCAUCGCCUUUGUUUGGGUCUCAGUGGCAUGGGUGUUACUUUAUCUCCAUCCGAGUUAAGUGAAAGGCUUACUAGAGAUCUAGAUAUGUGCGGUUGGCUGUCUAAAACAGGACCACGCAAAGGUGACGCAUGGCGUCGGCGAUGGUGCAUGAUUUUACACCGGCAUUUCUUAUACACUGAUAAUCCCUUAAGUGCAUUUGCCAAAGGAGAAUUGUUUAUUGGUUCUAGUAAAGAAGGAUAUUCAAUCACAAACAGCACUCCUGAUGGUUGGAAUCGUCAUAAUGGGCAUCCAUUAACUAUUCACACUUCCUCACGUCCUUUUGUAUUUGUUGCCGACAAAAAAGAAGAACAGGAAAAAUGGAUUGAAAUAAUUCAAAAUAUUAUAAGUAUGCCUUUGACUCUUGCAGAGCAUAAGCAAGCAGCUUUAGUUGUUACAAAGCGUACACAUCCACUAGACUUCUUGAGAAACCCUUAGGUGUAUUUUUCAAUUUUUAUUCACAAAUGUACAAAACAUCUAGCUGCUUUUUUUGCUGAGUGAUAAAUAAGACACCUUUGUCUUAUCCUAAUGUACAUAGUUAUAUGUUUUUACAGUAUUUCUCAAAUAUUCUUCUUUAAAUACCUCAAAAAAUCAUGUGGUAUUUGUUCUAAAAGCCGAUCAUUUUUCAACUGAUUAAUUUUCACAUUUUGGUUAGAAUACAUAGGCAAAAACUGCCCUAAUUGUAUAUAUAAUGAUAAUUUUUUCCCACAAAAAUCAUGAUCUUAAUGUGUGAUAUUGUCAUUGUAACUUUUUUAUUUCCCUAUUAAUUUGUCUACAAAUGUUUGAAUAUUUAAGGCCAAAAAUAAAACUGUGUUUUGGUUUCAGCACUCUUAAGCAUUAAUGCAAUACAGAGGUUUGAAUUUAUUUGCUUUCAUUUUAUAUUUGCUGAUUACACUGUGUUCGAUUGACAAGAUGUUAGUGCUUUAGUUAAAGAUAGAAAUAAAGCCUAUUGUAUGUGUUUUAUUAUGUCGAAUUCGUCGACUAGAUUCGCUCAUCUGAAAGUAGGCUGUAGGAACAUUA